UAAUGGCUACCUUAUCAUUCACCUGGCUGCUGCUCCUCCUGGGACUCCAAUACAGUUUCGCUGCGGAUCACAAUAUCCAAAAUACUGAGAGUAAAAUCCUGUCGAUUCUGAAUGCAUCCUUUCCCGUGCAAGAGUUGCUCUACCACAUUGAUGUCUGGCGGAAUGAUGCACCUUUGGCGGGUGUGGAACAUACCGUUUCGUCCAACCUAGAGUCUGUCAUCCGCUCUGAAGUUGCUGGGGAUUGGGAGCGAGGCAAGCUCGUCCUACAGUUUGCCAAUCAGGCAAGAACUGUGCAGCUCAAGGAAGCAAUUUACACUGCUUUGUGGAAGGAGCUCCAGCAAACCAAGCAAAUCUAUGAUCCCUCGAAGAUCCUGGACUUUUACGAGCAGCUGUCAGUGCACACGGAUGUUCCUUUGGAGCUGAUGGAUCUGGUUUAUACAGCCUUCAUCCAUCGCAGUGCCCAGCUGUUAGAGGCUCCCUUCCACACGGGCAGUCCAGACGCCACCUUUCCCCUGGUCAACUCCUUGGUUCAGCGGCUGACUUUCAGCACCUUGGAUUAUCUAAGGGACAUCCUGGAGGUUCUCUACGAUGCUGUGCUGGCUCUGGAAACUCCUCUGAGUGUGGUGGAAAGGCUUAGCUACUUUACAGCCAGUUUGACCCAGCUGGCUCUGGCCAAUCUUCAACUGCUGGACAGGGAAGAGCUGAAAAGUACCAAUGUAACAGUUCAGCAGGCUUUGCAGGCCAAUCUAAGGCAUUUACUCGAACAACCUGGUUUCGAGCAGGAAGUGGAAGCCACUCUGCGAGCAGAGAUCUAUGCCAGCCUGCCCAAAGAGGAGCAGUUGCUGUACACUGCCCGAAAAGUCUGCAUUCGGAAUGUCACCGAUCCAAGUGCCUAUAUCUACGAGUGUCCACAAACGUAUUUGAUUUGCAGUAAUCCAGCAGAUCAAAAGAAGGCAGCCUACUUCAUUCAACGAGGACACAGCAAUGACAGCAGGCCGCAGUUUGCCUUUUAUAGCGCUUUUUGGAGGAAUCGCUAUAUCCUGAUGGAACCAGCUAGUGUUGGGGCUUACAGCGCCAAUCAUUCCAUUACCAAAAAUGUGUACAGCAGGGUCAACAUCAACUGGUGGCGUGUCGAAUAUGGAAUUGAUGGUUUCUCUUUGAUAGAUGCAGCCACCGAGAAAUCGGUGCUGUGUGGUGGUGAUCCCUCGCACUGGGAUGGCGAAGAACACCAUGUGUACACCCGUCGGGCAACGGAGUUGGCAGCCCAUCGUGGAGAGUGCACCUGGAGCCUAGAGGAUUGCAGCGAUGCUGCUUAAUAAUAAUCGAACUAAUAAUCGAAUAAAGCCUUGAGUAAUCAAA